AUGUCCGCCUUAGCGUCUUCUUUGGAGCUUCUCCCCACUGAGCUCCUAGAUCAAAUUAUCUCCUACUUAUCUACGGAGCCACCGUCAUUUGGACAAGUACAUCGUACACCCAGUCUAGAACUCACCCAAUCUCCAACGAAAGACCUCAAAAAUCUGGGACAGUGCUCACGACGCCUAUUUCAACUUGUGCGACCUGUACUAUUCACUUAUGUCCGACUCGACCUCCAUGACGAACUCGACUUCCAUUCUUUUAUGGUCAAGUCCGAUCUCUGUCAAAAUGUGAUGUCGCUCGUCGUACUCGUGGAUAAAACCCAAGACCAUGAGGUUAUCGAAGAUCGUCAGGUUGACCCAUUCUGGUGGCGUCGAGUCCUCCGCUAUCUAGACCCUCGCCGUGUUCUAGUAGUUGGGCCGCCACUCUUCAUUGGCAAUACUCUAGCUAGCCCGAUCAAUGAUGGACACCUGUGGGCAUUCGAUAUGCCUCUACAGAUUUUGCUUUUGGAACGAGAGUGUAAACCUCGUCACCCAUCCCAGCUUCCUGACUUCCAGAAUUCUACUAGUCUUCUCGCAUCUCGACCAUGGACAUCGAUGACCUUCAACGAGGCAUCUUCUCUGAAAUCAUACAAUCACUAUGAGUACUUCUUGUCUUGCGUCCCAUCGGUUCUGGCAGAAUGGGGUACAAGUGGACCACGCGGACCAACCUCUUCGCUUCAACGCCCAAUCGACCUGCCAACUCUCUUAUGUGGCCUCGAACACUUUUCUUACACAGCCGUUUUUCCAUUUUUCAAUCACUCACAAGUUGUACUCGACGCUAUUGCGAGGAUGCAUCGUCUACGUCGUCUUGAUGUACGGUUGGCCCCCCUUCAGGAUAAUCGCAUCACCGAGCUCGAACAGCGAGGGCCUAUGGACCCUAAUGAUCCAUGGAUGGAACUUACAACCUCGUACUCUCUGAUCGGGUAUACUAUGAAUAAAAUGCCCGACUUGAAAGAGUUCAGGAGUGGUGACCUACAUGUGGAGGCCAUACGGCAGGAUCUGCUAGCCGUUUUGGACGAUGCUAUCGGAGAUGAGGGUUGGGUGCAUGAUGGGCAAGGAGGAGCCAUGGCAAGCGCACCAAAUGUUUACUCGGCAGAGCCUGCAUUCCCAGUCCUUGCUGAUUCUCUACUUCGACGAGCGUCAACGGAAAAUACAGCUCUUUCAAAUGAGAAAACUGCCAAAAAUGACUGGAACCUCAAAAAUGAUUGGAAAGAGGGUAUCCAAUCCUCCAAGGAAUCAGUGUUUCGGUGCGGGGUCGUCCUCGGCUUCUCCAGGCUGCGAAUGAGAAGCAACGAAAGCAACGAGUAUAUCGGACAGAUUCCUCGAUGUAUUCUCACAAACCACCUGCGGAGUCUUCAUCCAUCAUCUGAACCGAGCGCAUUCAUUAUCCACCCGCAGAGUUUCGAGGCUUUCGCCCCAAGAACUCUAUUGAAUGAGCUACAGUCUUCCUCCCAUGACCACCCCGGUCUAUCGAGGGAUGAUGCAAUUCAUAGACUUGACUCUGUGCAGUUACUUCCCAUACACAACUUCCCCAACGCCGCUCAGGCCAUCAGUAAGGUAUCGGAAGCGCUGCAUGAGAUCCAAGAAAAGCGAGAGCAGAGAAAACCGACCGAAGAAAGCCCAUCCCCCCACAACCCCAUUGUACUCAUUGUUGUGGGCCUCGAUACCCUAGCCGAAGGCAUAAUUCGAGCAUCUAAUCCGGCUCGAGGUACAGCCGUGUUGACAGCUACACUCCGCACCUUGACGCGGUUGUCUCGUGUGCACGCGUCUCAUCUCUCGAUCAUUCUUGUCAAUACUAAUGGACUGGGGUGGGAUAUACACCAAUCGUCGGCUGGAAAUACUACCGAAGAUAACGCUGCGAGGCAGCCGCUAGAAGAUGGCAUCCACUCCAUCUUCCAUUCGGAUAUUCCUUCCUUGUUCCCAACCUUGCUCAUGAAGACGCUAGACCAAGGCAUCGAUACCCAUCUGUUGCUUUCUGAUUUGAGAGGGGCUCAAAUAGUCGAAGUGAUCAAGGAUCGAGUUGGUACGAGUCUAGGGAAAUGGGGAAUAUGGAACGAGCAAUGA